AUGAGCGUCAUUUUAUGCACAGCGGGCUAUGACCAUACCAUUCGGUUCUGGGAGGCUCUUUCGGGGAUCUGCUCGCGGACAAUCCAGCAUCCUGACUCCCAAGUCAAUCGCCUCUGCAUUACUCCUGACAAGCGAUAUCUAGCAGCGGCCGGUCACAACAAUGUCAAGCUCUAUGAUAUCAAGUCGACUAAUCCCAAUCCUGUGAUGACUUUCGACGGCCAUACGAACAACAUCACCGGAGUUGCGUUUCAUUGUGAGGGGAAAUGGAUGGUCACCAGUUCUGAGGACGGGACAGUGAAAGUAUGGGAUACUCGUACUGGAAGCCUGCAGCGCAAUUAUGCCCAUAAAUCUCCAGUUAAUGAUGUAGUUAUUCAUCCAAAUCAGGGUGAACUCAUCAGUGGUGACCGAGCAGGUAUCGUUCGGGUCUGGGAUCUAGGGGAAAGCGUCUGCACCCAUCAGCUGAUUCCCGAGGAGGAUGUUGCUGUGCAGAGUGUCAGUGUUGCAAGUGAUGGCUCUCUGCUCUGUGCAGGAAAUAAGAAGGGCAAUGUCUACAUUUGGCGCAUGAUCCAGGACGCGGAACUGACUCGCAUUGUUCCUAUCUGCACUUUCCAAGCCCAUAAGGAUUAUCUUACGCGCGUCCUUCUCUCUCCUGACGUCAAGCACCUGGCAACCUGCUCCGCAGACCAUACCGCUAAAGUCUGGAAUCUCGAUCCUGAUUACCCCCCUGCGAAGAUGGCCGCCGCUGCCGCCGCGAAUGCUCGAGCCAACGGCAGUUCCUCGCCUGUGCCUGAAGUCAAAGAGCCUGACGCGGAAGAGCCUGUCUCUCCACCCCCGACAUCGCCAAAGGUUCAGGAUUAUCAUUUUGGCGGCGACCUGGGACGAAGCGGGGAACUGAACCCAAUCACCUACAUCAAAGCAACUUCGCCAGCCAACAUUGAACCAGCGCAAAGUUUUCCUGUGCAACCAGACGGUCCUCCGAUGGACAUGACUUCCAACACCCCGUUCCUCGAGACGACAUUGGCCAAUCAUCAGCGCUGGGUCUGGGAUUGUGCCUUCUCUGCCGACUCAGCGUAUCUCGUCACUGUCUCCAGUGAUCACUAUGCUCGUCUGUGGGAAUUGGCAUCGGGGCAAAUUAUUCGUCAGUACAGUGGACAUCACCGCGGGGCGGUCUGUGUAGCAUUGAACGACUAUUCAGAGCCUCGAUGA